UGUAAGAGGGAGAAGAAAGGCCUGCAAGCAAUUAAGCUGUAGCUACUAUUACUUAACGAUGCAUGUAUAUAUAAUAAGUCUAUUGAGUUCAAAUUUGGAAUUGAUGAAGUUGAUUAGAGCUUAGAAAACUUUAUCCCUCCCCUUUGCAUAAAAAAUGAGGGGCAAGGAUAGCAUGUUUCGGUAUGCUGAUGGCACGGACAAGUUGUUGAUGUUCUUCGGGGCCUUGGGCAGCAUUGGUGAUGGGAUGCAGAAUCCUCUCACCAUGUAUCUUCUUAGUCAUGUGAUCAAUGAAUAUGCAGAUCCUAAUAGCUCUUUAACUAAUGAUACAGUAAACAAGUAUUCCCUCAAGCUGCUGUAUGUUGCAAUUGCUGUUGGACUUUCUGCUUUUGUUGAAGGAAUAUGUUGGACAAGAACUGCUGAGAGACAGACUUCUCGAAUGAGAACAGAAUAUCUGAAAUCUGUUCUUAGACAAGAAGUUGGUUUCUUUGACACCCAAGAAGCUGGUUCUUCCACAACUUAUCAAGUUGUCUCAACCAUCUCCAGUGAUGCCAAUACAAUUCAAGUUGCAAUAUGUGAGAAGAUACCCGAUUGCCUUACAUAUAUGUCGACCUUCGCCUCCUGCCUCUUGUUCUCCUUCAUUUUAUCAUGGAAGCUUGCAUUGGCCGCUCUUCCUUUAUCAAUAAUGUUCAUUGUCCCGGGACUUGUGUUCGGGAAGCUCAUGAUAGAUGUAACAAUGAAGAUGAUUGAAUCGUAUGGGGUUGCUGGUGGAAUAGCAGAACAAGCAAUUUCUUCAAUACGAACUGUAUAUUCAUAUGUGGCUGAGCGGCAAACACUAGAAAUGUUCAGCCGCGCACUUCAGAAGACACUAGAACUGGGAGUAAAGCAAGGUUCUGCAAAGGGCUUGAUGAUGGGAAGCAUGGGAAUCAUUUAUGUAGGUUGGGCUUUUCAGGCUUGGGUUGGUACUCAUUUGGUAACUGAAAAGGGGGAAAAAGGUGGUUCUAUUUUUGUAGCUGGGAUCAAUGUCAUCAUGGGAGGACUGAGCGUUUUGAGUGCACUACCAAAUCUAACUUCCAUCACACAGGCAACAGUAGCUGCUACUCGUAUUUUUGAAAUGAUAGAUCGAAAUCCUAGUAUAGACUCGGAAGAUAAGAAGGGAAAGGCUUUGUCAUAUGUAAGAGGAGAAAUUGAAUUCAAGGACAUCUAUUUUAGUUACCCAUCAAGACCUGAUACAACAAUCUUACAAGGGUUGAAUCUUACAAUUCCAGCUAGUAAGACUGUUGGACUUGUAGGUGGCAGUGGUUCUGGAAAGUCCACGAUUAUUUCAUUGCUUCAAAGAUUUUAUGACCCUAUUGAAGGAGAAGUUCUCUUAGAUGGAUACAAAAUAAGAAGACUUCAGUUGAAAUGGUUGAGAUCUCAGAUGGGUCUAGUUAAUCAGGAACCAGUCCUGUUUGCGACAUCUAUAAGGGAGAAUAUACUAUUUGGUAAGGAAGGAGCUUCAAUGGAUGACGUGAUAACAGCUGCUAAGGCUGCAAACGCUCAUGACUUCAUCGUCAAGUUACCAGAUGGCUAUGAAACACAAGUUGGCCAAUUUGGUUUCCAAAUGUCUGGUGGCCAAAAACAGCGAAUUGCAAUAGCAAGGGCCGUCAUCAGGAAUCCCAAAAUCCUUCUGCUUGAUGAGGCAACUAGUGCACUUGAUACACAAUCAGAAAGACUAGUGCAAUCAGCAAUUGAUCAGGCAUCAAAAGGAAGGACAACAAUCACCAUUGCUCACCGCCUUUCCACAAUCAGAACAGCGCACCUGAUUGUGGUUCUCCAAGCAGGGAGAGUAAUUGAAUCGGGGUCUCAUGAAGAGCUGAUGCAGAUAAAUGACGGACAGAGCGGAGAAUACUUCCGGAUGGUGCAAUUGCAGCAGAUGGCUGCAGAAAAUGAAGCUUCGAAUGAUUUUAGUCCUCGUAUUGAUGGGAGAAACUUCCACAAAAUGGGUGUUGCUCCAAGCCCAAUCAGUGUGAGGUCAAGUGCUCAGAACACUCCAGUGCUAUAUCCAUUCAGCCCUGCAUUCUCCCUUGGCACCCCAUAUUCCUAUUCGGUCCCAUACGAUCCUGAUGAUGACUAUACUGGAGAUGACUUAAAGCGAUUGAAUCAUCCUGCUCCUUCUCAGUGGCGACUGCUGAAAAUGAAUGCACCUGAAAGGGGCAGAGCCUUGGUUGGAUGCUUGGCUGCAGUAGGCUCUGGGGCGGUUCAACCCAUAAAUGCUUACUGUGUGGGAUCACUUAUAUCAAAUUACUUCCGCACUGACAAAUCUGCUAUCAAGCACAAAUCCAGAACCUUGUCCCUUGUCUUCCUAGGCGUUGCUGCUCUCAACUUCACCACCAGUAUCCUUCAACACUACAAUUUUGCAGUUAUGGGCGAAAAACUGACAAAAAGAGUACGGGAGAAACUGCUAGCAAAGCUAAUGACUUUUGAGAUAGGAUGGUUUGAUGAUGAUGAGAACACAAGUGCAGCAAUUUGUGCAAGGAUAGCCACUGAAGCCAACAUGGUUCGGUCCCUCGUUGGAGACCGAAUGUCAUUGCUGGUUCAAGCAUUCUUUGGUUCUCUCUUUGCUUAUGUACUAGCACUUGUCCUGACAUGGAAGCUAGCCCUAGUGAUGAUUGCAGUACAACCAUUAGUUGUUGGGAGCUACUACUCAAGGAGUGUCUUGACAAAAACCAUGGCUGUAAAGGCACAAAAAGCGCAAAAAGAAGGAAGCCAACUAGCAAGCGAGGCUGUCACUAACCACAGAACAAUAACUGCAUUCUCUUCUCAGAAGAGAAUACUAGGGCUAUUCAAAGACACCUUGAGAGGUCCUAAAGAAGAGAGUAUUAAACAUGCAUGGCUCUCUGGUUUUGGCCUCUUUAGUGCUCAAUUCUUCAACACAGCUUCUACCGCAUUAGCUUACUGGUAUGGGGGAAGACUCCUCACAGAAGGGUCAAUAACCCCGGAGCAUCUUUUCCAAGCAUUUCUGAUACUGCUUUUCACUGCCUAUGUUAUUGCAGAAGCUGGAAGUAUGACUAAUGAUUUAUCUAAAGGAAGCAACGCUGUUAAAUCAGUGUUUGCAAUUCUAGACAGAAAAAGUGACAUUGAUCCAGAUAGCUCUUGGGGCUUAGACAUUAAGAAAAAGAUAAAGGGUCGUGUGGAGCUCAAAAAUGUGUUCUUUGCAUAUCCAACAAGACCUGAUCAGAUGAUCUUUAAGGGUUUGAGCAUUAAAAUUGAUGCAGGGAAGACAGUGGCACUAGUAGGGCCAAGUGGUUCAGGAAAAUCUACUAUCAUUGGCCUUAUCGAAAGAUUCUAUGAUCCAUCGAAGGGAUUAGUUUCAAUCGAUGGACAGGAUAUAAAGAACUACAAUAUAAGGAUGCUUAGAUCCCAUAUUGCAUUAGUUAGUCAGGAGCCAACCCUAUUUGCUGGAACAAUCAGGGAAAACAUUGCUUAUGGCAAAGAGAAUGCGCAAGAAUCUGAAAUACACAAGGCUGCAGUUCUUGCAAAUGCAGAUGAGUUUAUCAGUGGAAUGAAAGAUGGAUACGACACAUACUGUGGAGAAAGGGGAGUUCAGCUCUCAGGAGGUCAAAAACAAAGGAUUGCUCUCGCCCGUGCCAUCAUCAAGAACCCAUCAAUCCUUCUGUUGGAUGAGGCAACCAGUGCACUUGACAGUGUCUCCGAAAGCCUAGUGCAAGCGGCACUGGAGAAGAUGAUGGUUGACAGAACAUGCAUAGUUGUUGCUCAUAGGCUAUCAACUAUACAGAAAUCCAACAGCAUUGCAGUUAUCAAGAAUGGGAAGAUUGUUGAAGAAGGGUCACAUCACGAACUAAUCUCAUUAGGACACAAUGGAGUAUACUAUUCUCUGAUAAAAGGGCAAGGUAGCAGCUCCCCUUAUCGCUGAACCAUAAUGAUUGUUGUGAGUAAUGCUACAAACUGUAUCUAGCCUAUCUCAGGAAGGAAAGUUAGGGUCCUAAAUUUUGGCAAUUUGAUUGUCGUUUACCAGCAGAAAGAUGAAACGAUUGAGAUUGAAAUACUCAUUUUUCAUUGUAGUUUGCUUGAAA